UAGAACAGCACAGCUCAACAUUUUUUGUAGAAGAAAAGGCCUAGUGCUGUUCUACCUUUGUCACCUUAGUGUGCAUCUUGUGGCUAUCAGCUGACCCUUUUUCUUUGAGUUUACAUAUUAAGCCACAUCCCACAUUUAUACCAUUCUUUGACAUUCAGAUAGUUAUGAUAGACACCCACAGACAGAUAGUGAGACAAAGGAUGGUGGAGCAAAAGUCAAGUAGUCAGAUAGAUAUACAGUCAGCCACCCAGACACACAGACACACAUUCAGACAGCCACGCAUGCAGACAGUAUAAUCAGACAUUAGACAUACCAAGCAGAACGUUAAGCAGAAGCAAUGAGAGAUUGCUUAAGAAAUAUGGUCUUAGUAAUCAGAAAUAAUCUUAAUAAUAUGAAUAAUGUCAGUGUUGCUUACGGCAUGAUACUGAACUGAAAUGCUGUGUUUUUCCACGCAGCCUACCAUUUGUUCUGGACCCUGCCAACCCAACCAACAAUGUAUGCAGUGCUAGUAAUGCCAAGGGAUGGAAAAUCGUGGCAGAUGUGGCUAGAAUGACACUUCAGAGGCUGGCUGAGCCACUGAAGGACAUCGACUUCGAUGAAAACUGGCAGGAGUGGUCGACCUUGCAUUCGAGCUGUCAUGGAUGCAUCAAUACUGGAAAUGGUCAAAGUCAUAUGUUAGAAACGUUUUUUAAAAAUGUUGACUUCAGUGACAGCUCUGCUGUUAAUACGUUCAUUACCAACAAACUCCAGGCCAGAAGCGAUGCAGUUUCCUGGGUUGUAGACCAACUGUACAAACACCUCCAAAAUGAUCCGGAGUUACCUUUCAGCAUACACAACCUCGUUAAGGGAGGCUCUGUCGGGAAGGGAACAGCUGUCAAGGACAAAGCAGACAUCGACUGUGUGGUUUUCCUCAACAAUGCGAAAACCAUGGAAGACCACAAACGUAAUUUGCAGGAAACAAAAGACUGCCUGGAGUCAAGCCUCAAACGGAGUUCUUAUAAAGGCCAAAUCACCUUUGAUGAACGGACACCCUUCGCCGUGAAAUUCAAACUUCGUCUGGAUUUGUCUCGAGAAUUUGACAUUGACUUGCUGCCGACAUUUACAACUGAUCCAAGUCAAACUCUAGAACAACUGUACGAAGAAAUGAUUCGUUGUACAACGGACGACAAGCGUUAUUACUCAGUACAUUUCGUGAGGUUACAAAUUGAGUUUGUCAAGGUUCAACCGUCGAGCGUGAAAAACUUAAUCCGCCUUGUAAAGUACUGGCGCAAAACCUGCAUCGAAGACAAAAGCAGUGGUAAAACUAGACUGCCAUCUUCGUAUCCGCUGGAGCUCAUCACGAUAGCCUGUUGGGAGAAGGCUGGAAAACCAUCAUUUGACAUUCGGGCCGGUUUUAAAGCUGUUCUUCAACAGUUGGUCAAGAAUUGCCACAUACACGUCAUUUGGCAUAAAUACUACAGUGAGGCUGUCGCUGAGAGAGGAAUCAAGGGGAUGAAGAUAAGCCCACCAUUUGUUCUGGACCCUGCCAACCCAACCAACAACGUAUGCAGUGCUAGUGAUGCCGAGGGAUGGAAAACCGUGGCAGAUGUGGCUAAAAUGACACUUCAGAGGCAGCCACUGAAGGACAUCAACUUCAAUAGAAACUGGCAAAUAAUAUAGGUCUCGUCUACUAACUAUGGUUUUCACUGUUUUGUAUUUUUGUUUUUAAAUCACUAUCAAUAUGGUGUUUUUUCCAUUGUUAAAUUAACGUGCUGUUGACACCCGGGGGAGGGAUACUCCCUUAUAUGGGCUAGAUAUGUAUGGGUGGCCCCAGUAUGGUUUUUCAAACGUUUUGGUCAUAAUUAUAAAUAGGGUAUGUUUUUAGCACUCUAGUCUUGAGUGGGGUAUGUUUCUUAGAAGAAGCUACGUUUUCAUCAUCAUCAACAAGACCAUCAACGAAAGUCCUUUAUAACCUAUGUUUAGGGCAACUGUGCCAGAAGCAACGGUUAUAAAUAUGGUAUCAAAUUUUUGGCCAGGUCAUAAAUAGGGUAGCAAAAAUCGCAAAUUUUGGUCAUAAAUAGGGUAAGGGUUUUGGGAAGUGGACCGUACACCCCCACUCAACUUUUCUAGUAGUACCCCCCUCGGGCUAUUAACAUGGCGCUCUAAGUAGGCGCUACUGAAAAGCUAAUAUUUCCUCGGCAUAUACUCCCCCAGACAUAAACAUGCUUUUGCCAUGCAAAACUGAACAUGGCAAUAGGAUAUUAAAAGCAAGCUAAUACUCGACCGUCAUCACACAUACAGCAGAAUUGCUUUAGGUGAUAAAUCACGGGUGAUGAUAAAAACACUGACCCCUUGUCAAUGGACUACCCCGAUGGACUACCUAAAUGGACUUCCUUAAACAGAACUUAACCUUGGAGUCUUUUGUUUUUUUGCUAGCUACAACUAUAACCGGCGCAAUUUAAUCAAUUUUUUUUUUGAAAAUUCAAAGUUCUUUCUUCGAAAAAUGGCUCGAAGUCAUGCUACAUCCCUCAAUAUUAGUGUUUGACCGCCGGUCCAAGAUUUACGAUCAAUGUGAACUGUUUUGAAGAUCACUUGACCACUUAAUCUUGACUUAAGCACAAUAAAAUAAAUGGUAUCAUUGAAA